AUAAGAAACUAGUGAAGUUAUGAUAAAGAACCAGGAGUAUCUGUAAACGUAGACGUACACAGCAAUGUUUACCUCUAUAUGGUUUCUGGUAACAUUGUUGUUUCUUGGCACGUAUGGGAUAUCACCUCCAAUUACUGAAGAAGAAUUGCGUGAAAUUUUUGAUGAUGGGAGGGUAGAACUGAAGCCCUACGUGCCCCCAAAGUCGUUAUUCUUACAUGGAUCUCGUGCCGGUUUUAAACACCUAUAUGUGGACAGUAGUGGGCGAACCCAUUCUUCUCAUAUUAGCUCACCGAGUAUCACUAUUGCUGCAACUCAAGCUGUCGGAUCUUUAGCAUUCCAUAAGGCAGCCACAAUAAUUGGACUAAUGACACGUCACAUGCCAAGUUCAGUUUUUACCAGUGUUGCAUCCAAAGGACAUGGCGUUGGUGUAUUUACUGACCCUGAAAAAAUUACGGUGUUUCCUGAAUUUAAUUAUCUUAAGUCUCCCUCUGGAUGUAGUGGCUCAUGUUCUGGUUCUGUAUGUUCAAAGUCGUGUUACAGUGACGGAAGAAAGUACGAAGAUAUGCACGGUCUUACAAACAGUAUAUCGGGCAUUGUUGACGAUAACAUUUUGUGUAAUUCACACGACCCACAUCAUGGUCUAGAGAAUAUUUUGGUACACGAAUUUGCACAUCAAGUUUAUAACUACAUGCCAUCCAGUGAUAGACACCAGGUUACAUAUAUCUAUAACAAAGACAAGCAACAUCAUACAUGGCAUGACAAUACUUAUGCUACCUCAAAUGCAAGAGAGUUUUGGGCGGAAGCUUCUGCAAGUUUCUUCCGUGUAGUCAUACGACCAAGAACGACUAGUGCAACUGGUGGAUUGAAUAUCUGUGACCUUACCCAUGUAUGUAGGACCGAGCAGGAAAAUAGGGAAUGGAUUAAAAAGCACGACCCAUCUUUAUACAACUUAUUAGCAAAGAUUUACACAAAUAAUAGACCUUCAGUUCUCAGUGGAUUAAAAGUGUGUCAAUAAAAAUUGAAAGGAUCAGUUAA